AUGAACGACGCCCGCAAAUAUUCCCCCCUGCCCUCUCUCCAACCUUCCGUCAAUUUUAAGGAGAGCAAAAGGACGGCCCCUUUCUUCCCGGUAUGGGAGUCUUGGAUCAAGCACUUCUUUGAUGCAUAUGCAAAGUCCACUCCAUGCCGACCGGUGAUCAUUAACGACUACACCUUCUCCAGCGCAGACAUAGUUGAGAGCUCUGUACCAACAACACACCCUGAGCUUCUUUACCAGUCCAUGGAGAUCGCCACUCACCAAUACACCCGCUGCGCUGUCCAACAACCCUUAUCCAUCCAGUCCUGCACCGCCGAAACAACCCGGAGGUUCUCCACUGUCCCGCACAGUUUCUUUAUUUACUUUGGCGCUUCACAGUGCGAUUCAAUGCUCUGGUCUGCACUCGGGCUCGGCGCAGGCAUCGGCGAACCUUCGCUCCAGGCCUUUAUGCUGCGAGCUAACGGGAACAACAACUCUGGCUUCAUCAUAGCAGCCAUGGAGUUCCUACAGCCUACGGCCGCGCCGCUGCUUGCCGCGUUGUCGGGCUGGUACUUCUCCAAGGGCCAUGGUUUCCGGGUCCUGGCCGCCGAUGCAAUCGUUACGCUUUUGGGGGUGGCCGUGAUGAUGGUUUUCACGACGGGACAAAUCCUGAUGAUGGUCAACACGGCCACGCCGGGCGGCAGUCUCGGGCCGGGUGACUUUCUGGUGGCGAUCGGGCUGGUCUGCGCCGUGGGACCCUGGCUGCUCACCUAUCUUCUCUUUGGGGUCAUCGCCAUCCCGAUGCAGCUUGGCUUCUUCCUGGGCAUUAUCGAGGCAUGGCUGUUCAAGACGGGAUACAUGUUUGGAAUGGGCUUUAUUGCCCUCGGCGCCUUCAUCAUUGUCUUUGGGUUCCUGGGGUUGACACCAAUAUGGGCACUAUGGGAAUUGGGAUGGGCUGCCCGACAAAAGUGGCGUAAUUCGACUCGAUUUAAAGGACAACAGGACAAGGCCGACUCGCAGGAAAAGAUUGGCGACAAGAACCUGUUCCUUCUCGCACGCUUCUUCCGGGAUAAGUUCCUGACGACGAAGCGGUGGAAGAGAGGCCUCGUCAAGUUUGUGUUUUGGUUGUUCGUCAUGACGAGUUUUGCCAGCUUUGUAGGCAAAUGGAUGUUCAUGGUGAGCGUGUUGAAGCUGCCGGGGGAUGCGUACUGCCCCAGCGGGUACAAGGAGGCCACAUUUGCGGGAUUGGGGCUUAAGGCCGACUGUCCUUUCGGUGGGUGUGUUGUUGCAGUUUUUCGGCCUGACAGCAUAAGAUAG